AUUUGUUUACCUUUAUUUGCCGAUGAUUGUUAUCUUUACCAGUUGCAUGUGCGUCAUUUUGAUAUUUUAGUGAAAGAGCCCUGAGAUUUUUUUCGCUGCCGACUCUUCUUUUCAUUCUUUCUUUUUGCCUUUCCUUCCUUCUCUCCCUCGACAAAAUGGAAUCCAAAAUGCCUAAAUGUUCUUUCGACUAUUGCAGUAAGGGCUAUCUGAGCCCAGAUCGAACUUUGUCGCAUAACGAGAAGGAACAUGUCAGAAAAUACCACAAAGAAACGUCUUGUGUUUUCGGGUUCAUGAAAAAAACAUUCCGCUUCGACCGCCAAGAAAGCCAUGACAAUAGAUAUGUUUGUUAUUGUGGGAAAACUUUUACUGUUUCCGAUAGUCUUAAAGCUCAUGCUACCGGGUUCAUACGGACAAAAACCGAACAACCGGCCUGUACUGAAAUCGUCAAGCAGUGCAAUGACACUCAAUCCGAAAUUGAUUUGGACAAGAUGCGUGCAGAUAUCGACAAGGCCAUUGAGGAAGCUAAAAAAAGCUAUUGAAUCCUUACAGUCAAUUCGUGCACAACUUAAUAAAGAUCGCAG